UUGCAAGCAACGCAACGAAACUUAAACCAACAUGAAAGUGAUCGUAGUCGCCCUCGCCCUCGUAGCCCUCGCGGCCGCCGGCCCCGUGCCCGACGCCGUCCCUGAGCCCAUCAAGAUCCUGCGCUCCGAGUUCGACGUCCAUCCCGAGGGUGGAUACAACUACGCUUUCGACACCGAAAACGGAAUCCACCGCGAUGAAAACGGAGAGAUCAAGGAAGCUCUGGAUGAAGAGAACAAGCCCCACAACGUGGUGGUCGUCCGCGGCAGCUACUCCUACACUAAUGAACUUGGAGAACCCGAGACUAUCACCUACUGGGCCGACGAGACCGGCUUCCACGCCGAGGGCAGCUCCAUCCCCAAGGUUCCCGAAACCGUCGCCCGGCGAUAGAUUCCUCACGAGGCUAUUUUGUGCGA